AUGGAGCAAUUAUCAGAUGAAGAACUUGACCAUGGAGCAGAGGAAGAUAGUGACAAGGAAGAUCAGGAUCUGGACAAGAUGUUUGGGGCCUGGCUGGGGGAACUGGACAAACUUACACAGAGUUUGGAUACAGACAAGCCUGUGGCACCUGUGAAGAGAUCACCUCUCCGUCAGGAAACCAAUCUUGCCAAUUUCUCAUAUCGCUUCUCCAUGUACAAUUUGAAUGAAGCCCUGAAUCAGGGAGAGACUGUGGAUCUAGAUGCCCUCAUGGCUGAUCUGUGUUCCAUAGAGCAGGAGCUCAGCAGCAUUGGGUCUCAUUCAGCAAACAACGCUGCAGUGAAACGCCUUGCCACAGAAUCCAAAGCUCAGAAACCACCUGCUAGCAGACCAGCUACUAAGCACAGCAGCAUGAAAGGAUUAUCUCCCUCGUCUGGUAAGGUGACUCAACCAUCGCAUGCUAACGUAUCUUUGGAUGACAUCACCGCACAGUUAGAGAAGGCCUCGCUGAGCAUGGAUGAGGCAGCCCAACAGUCUGUUGCAGAAGACACCAAACCAGUAGUUACUGCUCAGCACAGGAGGACAGCAUCUGCUGGCACAGUGAGUGAUGCUGAGGUGCGCUCGAUCAGUAACUCCUCCCGUUCCAGCAUAACCUCUGCAGCUUCCAGCAUGGACUCCUUGGAUAUCGAUAAGGUGACGAGACCACAGGAGCUGGACUUAACAUCACAAGGGCAACCAAUCACUGAGGAGGAACAGGCUGCUAAACUCAAGGCUGAGAAGAUUAGGGUUGCAUUAGAGAAGAUUAAAGAGGCACAAGUGAAAAAGUUGGUGAUCAGAGUCCAUAUGUCUGAUGACAGCUCAAAAACGAUGAUGGUGGAUGAGAGGCAGACAGUGAGACAAGUAUUAGACAAUCUGAUGGACAAAUCGCAUUGUGGUUACAGUUUGGACUGGUCGUUGGUGGAAACCAUCUCUGAAUUGCAAAUGGAAAGGAUCUUUGAAGAUCAUGAAAAUUUAGUUGAAAAUCUUCUGAACUGGACAAGAGACAGUCAGAACAAACUAAUGUUCGUGGAGCGCAUAGAGAAGUACGCGCUGUUCAAGAAUCCCCAGAACUAUCUUCUAGGGAAGAAAGAAACCUCUGAAAUGGCAGACAGAAAUAAAGAGGUGCUGCUGGAGGAAUGUUUCUGUGGAAGUUCUGUAACUGUGCCAGAGAUUGAGGGAGUUUUGUGGCUGAAAGAGGAUGGUAAGAAGUCUUGGAAGAAACGUUACUUUCUUCUUCGAGCUUCUGGAAUCUACUAUGUCCCUAAAGGGAAGGCAAAGGUCUCGCGGGAUCUUGUGUGCUUCCUGCAGCUAGAUCAUGUCAGCGUUUACUAUGGGCAGGACUAUCGGAACAAAUACAAAGCACCCACAGACUACUGCUUGGUGCUGAAGCAUCCUCAGAUCCAGAAGAAAUCCCAGUAUAUCAAGUAUCUUUGCUGUGAUGAUGUAAGAACUCUACACCAAUGGAUCAAUGGCAUCCGCAUUGCUAAGUAUGGGAAGCAACUGUACAUGAACUAUCAGGAAGCACUGAAGAGAACAGAAUCGGCAUAUGACUGGACUUCCUUGUCUAGCUCCAGUAUCAAGUCAGGAUCCAGCUCAUCUAGUUUGCCAGAAUCUCAAUCAAAUCACUCUAAUCAGUCUGACAGUGGAGUUUCUGACACCCAGCCAGCCGGACACGUCCGUUCCCAAAGUAUUGUCAGCUCCAUGUUCUCCGAGGCCUGGAAACGAGGCACUCAACUGGAGGAAUCCAGCAAGGCCCGAAUGGAGCCUGCAGGUCGGCCCUUCAUGUCUGUAGCACCUCCCGUGUCCCCACAGACGAAAGUGGCGACCCCCUACACAGCAUCACAGCCGUCCCCACCGCUGCCCCCCCCGCCACCACCUCCUCCGCCUCCCCCACCGCCCCCUCCCCCACCUCCACCCCCCCUCCCAAGCCAGGCCACCCCAUCUGCGGGCUCACCUGCCACCAUGUUUGUCAAGUACAGCACCAUCACCAGGCUGCAGAAUGCUGCCCAGCACAGCAGCCCUUUUUCCAAAGCUCCUGCUGCACAGCAGGCCCCCCCACCACCCCCACCCUUGGGAAAGCCUCAGAUACUGGUGGCCCCCAAUGGGGUCAUGCCCCCUCCACCACCUCCACCACCUCCCCCCACACCAGGCUCAGCCAUGGCGCAGCUGAAGCCAGCACCUUGUGUGCCUUCUGUGCCACAGUUCACACCUCCACCACCACCCCCUAAAAUCCAUCAGGUUCAACCAAAUGUAAGCCAGGCCACUGCCACCUCAUUGCCACCACCUCCACCUCCUGUGCCUGCACCACCACCACCCCAGGCACCUCCAAAGCCUGUCAUGGCAGCUCUUCCCCCACAGCCUAGUGGGAAGGCAGCAUCACCAGGGGUCACACAUGUAACCCACCCUGUGCCAGCUCCCUUGCCUCUGGCAAUAAAGAAACAACCAAGUGUCACCUCUCCCCAGGUGUCUCCACUGCCCCCAGCUCCUCCCGGCCCCACUCCCCCACCAACGUUCCCGAAACAGCAGAGUUUCUCUGUGAAGCCACCUCCCUCACCUCAAUCUCCAGUGCCAUCAGUGGUGAAACAGAUAGUUAGCCAGUUCCCACCACCUCCCACUCCACCUGCCACUGAGCCCCAGCCUCUGAAACCCCUUCCACUGACUGUGGCACCACAGUCACCUCCAGCAGUAAAAGCAAAGCCCAAAUGGCAGCCCACAUCUGCUCCUUCACCAGAUUUUCCACCUCCUCCACCAGAGAGCAGCUUAGUGUUUCCUCCUCCACCUCCUUCCCCAGCUUCCUCUGCAGGUUCUCCCCCCGCUGACAAAUCAGGGUCUCCAGUCAAAAAGACCAGCAAGACAUCAAGUCCCGGAGGGAAGAAACCACCUCCAACACCUCAGCGAAACUCCAGCAUCAAGUCCACCAGCUCCACUGAGUACCAUGAGUCUAAGCGACCUUCAGUGGACCGCCUUGUCAGCAAAUUUGCACACCCACCAGAGCCAUCAGGGUCUCCUUCCAAGGAGUCAUCACCUCCUGCAGCUCCUCCAAAGCCAGGAAAGCUCAACCUUUCUGGAGUGAGCCUGCCUAUUGUCCUUCCACAAGGAGGGAUUCCAGCCAAGGCUCCAGGUGUGUCUGGGAAGGAAUCUGUGGUUGAAUUUCCUUCACCACCAUCUGAUUCAGACUUUCCACCACCACCACCUGACAUAGAUCUUCCUCCCCCGCCGGUUGAGAUCCCGUCUGUGUUUUCAGGCAGUACCUCCCCAAAAGUUGCUGUUGUCAAUCCCCAGCCUCAAGUGUGGUCAAAACCAUCUGUGAAAAAAGCCCCACCACCCACACGUCCCAAGCGUAAUGACAGCACUCGACUGACGCAAGCAGAGGCUGCAGAGCCAGCAGGGUCAGCUGGCCCUCAAGUGCCCACUUCACCCAAGUCCAGCCUUAGCGUUCAGCCGGGAUUCCUGGCAGACCUCAACCGGACACUGCAGCGGAAAUCCAUCACCCGGCACGGCUCCCUCUCCUCCGCGCGGCUGUCCAGAACAGAGCCCACAGCCACCAUGGAUGACAUGGCCCUGCCUCCACCUCCACCAGAGCUGCUGGCUGACCAGCAGAAGACAAGCAGCUUUGGGGGCAGUCAUAUAUCUGGCUAUGCAACAUUACGGAGGGGGCCACCCCCCACGCCUCCCAAGAGGGACCAGAACACCAAGCUGUCACGAGAUUGGUAG